AUGCCUAGCUUGCUUCGAAAGGUAGCCAUCUUUGCAGCAGUCGACGGACUGAUUCUGCAAUCGACCGGGAACGGAGUGCGCUAUAACGCGAAUAAUGAGUCCUCGUCGAUCCGUAUCGACUACAGAACAAACCGCAUCUCGUCCUGUUCGGCCCCCGCAACUGAUUUGAACGAGAGGAAGGAUUAUGCAGGCUUGGAGACAUACGGCAUUGUUGGCCUUUUAUCGGUUGCGUCAUAUUCGUUCCUAAUCACAAUCACCCAGCGGCAGCAGGUGGCUCAGAUUCAGGGCAAGCCGGUCUAUACCAUCGCAAAUGUCGCCGUCAUCCCAAUCUCCUCUCAUGCUGAUGCCAGCCAUGCGAUUAGCCAAGCGAAGGAGAGUCUUCUCCAAGGGAGGGAGGAUAGUGACGACACCGACACAUCCUCGGAAGCUACAGACGUAUCUGAUACAGGGACCGAAGACGGAGAGGUGGACGUCAGUACCACACCGACUUCGCCGGUGCGGGAAAGGCCUCACACUAGAACUGACAGCAUAAGCAGUAACGUCACGGAAACUGUGAUGGGUAAGAGGCCGCGAUUUGGACGUUUCGCCGCCAACUGGCUGUCGCGAAAGGCCAUGGGAUUGCCAGGGCUCGGCACUGCCGAGUUGAACCCGGACACGCCGGAUACGCCGCUGGUAGAAAUGAAGAAAGACGAUACUACUAGCAACGUUGCAGCUCGCUCAGCAUCUGCCGCCAACGAGGACGAGCCUGCAGCUGAAGCAAACGAUGGCGUGCCGCCAAAGGAGCAAGUAGAGCUACCUGCAACGACCAAACCCAUAGAGUUGCUUCCCAAGCUCCUGCGAUAUACGAAGUUGAUCUUCUCCUCGCGCAAUUUCUUCUUCUCCUACGACUAUGACCUUACAAGGUCUGUUAGCGCACAGCCUUCGGCACCGAAUGUGCAUCUACCGCUACACAAGGUUGCGGAUGAGCUGUUCUUCUGGAACAAGAAUCUCAUGGUCCCUUUUGUGACGGCAGAUGCACACCAGUUCGUACUGCCGCUUAUACAGGGCUUCGUGGGCCAGAGCGAAUUCACUGUGGCUGUAAAGCCCAGCUCUGACACUUCCGAGACCCAGUUCAAUGAAGCCUGUAUCCUCGGUGAGAAAGAGGAAGCUCAAGCUACGCAAACAGCCGGUGAGAAGCGGAACUUUCUCCUCACUUUGAUUUCUCGACGAUCAGUCAAGCGGCCAGGGCUACGGUAUCUCCGUCGCGGGGUGGAUGAUGAGGGCAACUCCGCCAACACUGUCGAAACGGAGCAGAUCCUAUCGGUUCCAGACUGGGACCCUUCCCAGAACACUUAUUCAUAUCUUCAGGUUCGCGGAUCCAUUCCAUUGUACUUUUCACAGUCGCCGUAUUCCUUCAAGCCGGUGCCUGUUCUCCACCAUUCAACCGAAAGGAAUCAACUCGCGUUUGAGCGGCACUUUCGUCACCUCAGCCGACGUUAUGGAAAGAUCCAAUCCGUGUCUCUGGUGGAUAAGCACCCUCCUGAACUCAAACUAGGAGAGCAGUAUGAGCGGUAUGCCCAAAGAUUGAACGAGUCCGGCGGUAUUGACAAUGUACCUAUUGGAUUCGAGUGGUUCGACUUUCACAACGAAUGCCGAGGGAUGAAAUUCGAGAAUGUGAGUCGGCUGGUUGACCGAUUGGCAACCACUCUUGGUGAGUUCAAGGAUACCAUCUUGAACAAUGGCAGCAUCCUCCAGAGUCAGACGGGCAUUGUGCGCACAAAUUGCAUGGAUUGUCUCGACCGCACAGGUGUCGCGCAGUGUGCCUUUGGGCAAUGGGCUCUUGAGUGCGAACUGAAAGAAGAAGGCAUCGAUAUCGACCUCGGCGGAGACUCCUCUACCCGAUGGUUCAACAUCCUGUGGGCGGAUAACGGCGAUGCAAUCUCGAAGCAGUACUCGUCCACAGCGGCCCUGAAAGGCGACUAUACCAGAACCAGGAAACGCGACUACCGCGGAGCUCUGAAUGACUUUGGCCUGACCUUGUCUCGAUACUAUAAUAACAUUGUCAACGACUACUUCUCGCAGGCCUGCAUCGACUAUCUACUCGGCAACGUCUCCACACAGGUAUUUUCGGAAUUUGCGACAGAGUUGCAAACUGCAGACCCCGGUAUCUCAGUUCACAAGCUCAGGCAGAAUGCCAUCGACACAAGUUGUCGCAUUGUCAUCAGCGACCAGUCCGAGGAGUUCUUGGGCGGUUGGACCAUGCUUACCCCUAAGCAACCAAACACCGUCAGGACUCUACCUUUUGAAGAGUCUGUGCUGCUACUCACAGACGCUGCGGUCUACAGCUGCCGGUUUGACUGGAACAUUGACAAGGUUCUCUCAUUCGAGCGAAUCGAUCUGCGCUCGAUCGUCCGAAUCAAAUAUGGCACGUAUAUAACAUCAACCCUGACGGAUGCACAAUCCGACGAACAGAGCAACAUCGGACUGGUAGUUGAGUUCCGCGAGGGCGACAACAACGCCCUCCGAGUCAACACACGCUCUCUUCAGAGCGAAGUUGACCCUAAAGCACUAGACAAUCAAGGAGGAGGCGUGGCCUCGUGGUUCACGGGCACGCAAAGACCAAAGACCCGCAUCAUGGCCUUUAAAGCCCUUCCGUUGUCAAACUCUGUGACGCAGACGCAGCGCCGUAAGAGCGUCACCGUGAGCGAGACCUAUUGGGUGCGGAAUAUCUGUGAAGAAAUUGAGCGGGCGAUGAGGGCUGGCGAGACGACACAGACGGAGGAGCCGGCUGAACCUCGGCCUUCUGUUAUCGAGUUGGCGGAUAUUAUAUCGUUGGCUGAUGCACGGAAGCGCACGGGGUACUUGGAGCACUUGGUGCAUGAUAUCAAGAAGAUGGUCUGGGCUUGA